AUGGGUCUGCUCCUGAAGAUUUUCAUCCCCUUGCUGGGACUGGCACUGGCCUUUUAUUUUUAUUCAGCACCUGAGAAUUUCAAUGAAGAGAUGCUCCGGGGGAAACGGGUGAUCGUGACAGGAGCCAGCAGCGGCAUCGGGGAGCAGAUGGCGUAUCACCUCGCACGCAUGGAGACCCACCUCCUGCUCACGGCGCGGACAGAGGCCAAGCUGCAGAAAGUUGUGGAGCGGUGCCUCGCGCUGGGCGCUGCGUCUGCCCGCUACGUGAGCGGCUCCAUGGAGGACACUGCGUUCCCCGAGGUGGUGGUGAAGGAGGCUGAGAACACCUGGGGAGGUCUCGAUAUGCUCAUCCUAAAUCAUAUCGGUUCCACCUACUUCAACUACUUUGACGGGGACGUGGGGCAUGUACGAAAGCUCCUGGAGAUCAACUUCCUCAGCUACGUGGCGAUGACUGUGUCUGCCCUGCCCAUGCUGCAGGAGAGCGAGGGCAGCAUCGUUGUCGUUUCAUCCAUGGCAGGUAAAAUGGGCGGCCCAUUUACCGCUCCCUAUUCCGCAACUAAGUUUGCCUUAGACGGAUUCUUCAGCUCCCUGCGACAUGAAUUCAUCAUAGACAAGGUCAAUGUCUCCAUCACACUCUGCAUCCUGGGCUACAUCGACACAGAGAACGCCGUGCGGCCCUCCGCAGAGGUGGGCAAGCCGGCCCCCCCCGCCAUCCGAGUCACGCCAGCGCCGAAGGAGGAGUGCGCGCUGGAGAUCAUCAAAAGCGGGGCACUGCGCCACCGGGAGCUGCACUACCCGUCCCGGGUGGUGGGCAGCCUGCUCCUCCUCCAGAGCAUCGCCCCCGACUUCCUCGACUCCCUCAUCAGAAGCGGCUACAAGGUGGAAAACAUCAAAAGAACAUUGCCCCCAGGGCACUGA